AUGGCGGCUAAAAGUGGAGCAAGACGAAAGUUGGCUCUUGUAAUUGGUAUUGGUAAAUAUGAACAUCGUGACGAAUUAGACAAUCCAGAAAAUGAUGCGAAUGAUAUAUCAUCUACUCUGGAGAGUAUUGGUUUCAUUGUAACAAAAAAACUACAUCUUAAAUGUGCUGAGAUGAAACAUGUUAUUAUUGAUUUCGAACAAUCAAUAGAGCCUGGCGACAUGGUCCUAUUUUAUUUUGCUGGACAUGGCAUACAAUGGCAAGAUCAAAACUAUUUGAUACCAAGUGAUAUUCCCAGUUCGAAUGGUACAGCUUUAAGAAAAAGCGCUAUCAAUGCACAAGAUAUUCUUGACAGUUUAAGUGAUUGCGAUCCAUAUGUAACAAUAUUCCUCUUAGAUUGCUGUAGAAACUAUCAGUUACGCAAUCUUGAAGCUGACGCACGUAAUCUCGAGAGAAAUGAUCCAAAAUCAGUGGGUCUCAAAGCCAUGCACAAGGCUGGGUCAUUGAUAGCGUUUGCUUGUGCGCCUGGAACUAUAGCCAUUGAAGGACAAGGACAAAGAAACGGCUUAUUCACAAAGCAUCUUUUGGAAAAUAUUAAAAAAAAGAAUGAAGACAUACGAAUGAUAUUAAGUGAUGUUACCAAAGGAGUAAUAAAUGAUUCGAAAUCAAAACAAAUUCCAUUUGUGAGUGCUUCUCUAUCAGAGAGGGAUAUAUACUUAUGCAGUGGCAACCCCAAUCAAUCACGUAGAUCCGGUAAAUACGCUAAUGAUUUCUACUGUUGUUGUUUACUAGAAAUUCAAAUAUUAUCAUAACAAUUGUGCGUGUCAAGUUUAUUGAUUUCUAAAUAUUUAGAGAAAAAGAUUGUUAGCAUCUGAAUUGUUCUUCGACUUAAUCUGAGUUGAACAGCAGUGUUCAGACUUCCGAAAAAGGAAAUUUCGGAAGUUUUGGAAAUUUCAAACACUUGUGUUCUAAAUCGUGUAAUACUUCUCAAAAUUAUAUAAUUUCCGAAAUUUCCAAAAUUCUAUACAUAGCGAAAUUUCCGAAAUUACAGAAAAUUCUAAAAUUUCUAAACUUUCCAAUAUUUCCAAAAUAUUUUCAUGUGCUUUGCUAUGUAGUUAUCGAGUUGAUGGAAGCUUCGGAAAUUUCUGUAAUUUCCUUUUUCGGAAAUCUGAACAUACCUCGAGUUGAAUGGUAUAGAUAAGGUCAUUGAAAUAAAAAGAAUAAGUAAUAUAGUGUAACUCUAAAAGAAUAUGUGUACUUAGUCCUCUGAGCGAGCAUCAUCGCAUUUUGAAAUAAUGAUAGUAUAUCGGCAGCAUUUUGAGCAUUAUCACUAGUUGAUUAGCGAUUAUAUUGAAUUGAAAAUAACCAGUCAGAAAUUUUAAUACGCCCAAAAGAAUAUUACGGAGCAAAUCAAGCUUCAAAUGAGUUAAGAUUUUUAUAUUGGAACUAGACCAGCCAGUCACGAGUUUGGUCUAGUUGAAGUUUUCAAGCCAACUGAGUUUCAUCGGUUUUUCAUUCUUUUUCGGAUACUUUCAGUUGGCCUAUAGCGUUCAUUUCUAAUCAUUUUCAAAUUUUUAGUGAUCAAAAGAUAAGAGCUUGACAGUGUUUAACUGACCAAUUUUCAGCUAUUGUUAAAAUCCCAGCUCUGAAAUAUUUCUUGAACACUUUUUCGUCGUAAGACGAGAGGCUCGGAUCAUGUCUAAUAACUUUAUGCUCAUGGAAAGCAAACCAGACAUUAUAUUUUAAUUUAGAUAUAAACUAAUGAUUUUUGGUCCUGAAAUGUUGAGCUCAUAGCUGUAAACUCUUUCUAACCAAUUCUCACAAAAGUUCAAUACCUAGUAGUUUUCAUUUUAUCAUGUUUUUGAAAAAUAUGAGAAGGAAUUCCGCUCUACUGUCCAGGUUCUGUCAACUAUUAACGUCAUAUUACUAUGAUAUUAUUGAAAUGUUAAUAAACCUAAACUAGAAAGUUAAAUGAAGGCAACCUUACGUUUUAACUCAACUUCUGUUUCUGUUGCUAAUAACGUCAUUUGAAGUACUGAAAUACGUUUCGGCUUUAUCAAAUAUUUAUUUUUAAUAAGAAUAAAUCAACCUUAGUUAUUCGAAAGAGAUUUUCGUUCGUUUUUAAUGCUGCUAACGCAUAUUAAACGUACCAGACCGAAAUAGGAAUUGCUAGUUUUAUAAUGUUCAAUAGUGAUAUGAGUUGUACAUUGUACAUCUUUGUAAAAUUCAAAGAACAGGCUUUUUCAAAAAAAUGAAUUGAUUUACUCACGCACUAAAAGGAUUGAUUUUUUUGCCAAUAAAGUCAGGAUUUCCAAGCGGUUGACUCGAUUCAGUCGAAAAAACACUUCAAUAAUUUCAAGUAUGAUCUAGAGUUUAAUUGACAUUUAAUCGAGACUGCUGCAUGUAUGCACGAACGAUAAAAAAAGCCAGUCACACAAAUAUUGUUUUCAGACAUAGAAAAGAAGAAUUGACUUUGAUUUCAUUUUUCCUUGUUAGAAAUGUUCAGAGAAAAAUCACUAAGUGAACAUUAUUGAACUUCCUCAUCGUUAUACAAGAAAUUUAAAUGUAUGAGAACCUUCUGACUGUACGUCAAGCAUUCCAGGCAAUUACCGUAGAUUGGUCAAUAUCUUUUCGAACGCCAAACAUUGUCUUUAGAAUGAUCUAUUAUUACAAAAGCUUUUACUAUCUAGAGUUGAAAAGAGUAUUAAAGUUGAGGAGUUUAAAUUUUCUUGAGUUUCUCUACACUACUAUUGAAUUUGUGAGUGUUACUGGAAAUACUCUGUUUUUAAAUAACGCUCCUUAAUACAGACAACAUUCUCAUUCAAGAUCAGAUCAUCUAUUCAUAUCGACAGAUGCUAGUAUAUAUUUUUGAAUUUUAGAACAACCGCAAAACUUUUUACAAAUAUCGAACAAGGACAUACAACUGGACGAGGAAAUUGGUCGUGGAGCGUUUGGAAUAGUUUAUCGAGCUCAAUGGUUAAGUCGACAUCACACAGUAGCUGUCAAAAAGUUACAUCUCACCCAGUUGGACAAACAAGCUGAAAAAGAUUUUUUCAAAGAACUUUU